AUGGAGCGUCAAAACUUCGAUUACCUGCUUUAUGUGGGACUUGACGACGACGACGACGACAACUGGGAUGGUCAGUGCGUGCUAGGAACGCGACUUCACGGGGACUUCGCACCACCCGAGGCCCUGUCACCUAGGAGCCCUUUCUGUUCCCCACUUCCAGAGGCUGAGGCACUGAGGGUCUUGCAGGCUGGAGAGGGAAGAAAUGAGGAAGCGAGUGGAUGGGUCCAGGCUGGGCGCGGAGCCGCAGCCGCAGCCGCAGCAGCAGAAGCAGAAGGAGCAGGAGAAGGCCCCUCAGCUGCUGGUGCCACAGGCCUCGUGGGUGCCGCAGGCCUCGUGGAUGAAGGGAACCAAGAGGGCGCUGCCGGUGGCCAUGGCCAGGAGAAUGAGCCGCAGCCUCAGGAGCCAGAUCGCGGGGCCAUGGGAGACAACCAGGGUGUGCUGUCCUUGGCCGAGCGGUGGUCGUGUGUUAAUCCCGUGAGGCUGCUGGUGCCUGAAUUCCGAGCCUCUCACCAGCACAGGUUCACCGUGGCUCAGCUCCAAGAGCUGGAGAGAGCCUUCCAGCGCAGUCAGUACCUCACCACUGAGGAGGCGAAACGACUGGCAGCUAGCAUGGGUGUGACUGAAGCCAGGGUGCAGAGAUGGUUUUGGAAGAGGAGAGAACAAUACAGAAGAUAUAAGAGGUUGUGAGCACCCAGAACUUCUCCUCUGGCUUCCCAUAACCUCUUUCUCUGAAGAUUGUGGGGGAGACCUAGAGUGCCACCAUCACCAGGUGCCAGAUGCUCAUGAGAUUUGGCUGCUGCCAAAACCCUGCUA